CGGUCCUGUCCGCCGCGCACGGGCACGCGGAGAAGUGGAGUUGUAAACGGAGCGUGUGCACUUUUCAGCACCAAUACCGCGUGGAUAGCAGCCAAACGGAGACGAGGCGGUAGUCGUUGUGCGUUUGCUAAGUUUACUGUGAUAAACCGACGAGUUCGCGGUUUGUGACGCCGGACCAGCGCCGCGACCAGGGGAAACUUCAUUGGUAGUUGUGCGUCGACAACGGGAACAGGACAUAGCGGCACAGCCCGAGCUUUGUCUUCCCCCGGCGGGCGAACUGAGCCAAGAGCUGCAUCUCAGUAAACGGAGGCAAGUUCUUUUUUGCGGGCAGCGAUAUUUUUCGGCUCGUCUUUGUCGAAUUUGCGCAGUCUGGGCCCAUCUGUCCGCGCCCCGGGAGGACUCGAUGGCUGCAAACGAAGGCAAACACAGGUGAUAAAGAAUACCAUUCGCCCUAGCCGGUUCGGCCCACACAGCGGUUGAGCCGUGGUCCUGCUUUAGCCGCACCGCCGCCUGCUCCUAGCGCUAGCCGCCGAGGUCUCCAUUGUGUGAGCAUCUCUGUGCUAUUCCGCUGCCGCCCGAGCCCCGGAUCCCGCGCUGACACCGCUCACCUGCCCCCUCCCACCACUACAACUGUGUGUGUUUUCAGGCCUUUUUUCUUGGGGGGGGGGGGGGGGGACUUUGUGAAUCUACGCAACCGACAAUGUGCUCCCGAGUUUGGUUCGUGACCGACCGGCGCAUCAGCCAGGAGUAUCCCCAGGUUCAGAUCCUCCGGGCACUGAAGGAGCGCUGCGCCGACGAGGAUGUGGAAUUCCGCUCCCUUCUCAUGGAUCAAAUCGUGCUUACGAUCACCGAGGGACAAUUGGGUCUGCGAGUGGAGCAGGAAUUGGUGACUUCUUAUCCACAGGUGGUGGUGGUGCGGGUGCCCACGCCCUGGGUGCAGUCAGACAGUGACAUCACUGUGCUGCGUCACCUUGAGAAGAUGGGCUGUCGGCUGAUCAACCGGCCCCAGGCCAUACUCAACUGUGUCAACAAGUUCUGGACCUUUCAGGAACUGGCCGGCCACGGGGUACCUCUUCCCGACACCUUCUCUUACGGAGGGCACGACAACUUCCGUAAGAUGAUUGACGAGGCCGAGCCCCUGGGCUAUCCAGUGGUGGUGAAAAAUGCACGUGGCCACAGAGGCAAGGCAGUGUUCCUGGCACGGGACAAACAACACCUGACAGACCUGUGCCACUUGAUCCGCCAUGAAACCCCGUACCUGUUUCAGGAGUACGUCAAGGAGUCGCAUGGCCGCGACGUGCGGGUGGUCCUGGUGGGCGGCCGCGUCAUUGGCUCCAUGCUACGCUGCUCCACUGACGGUCGCAUGCAGAGCAACUGCUCCCUGGGUGGUGUAGGUAUGAUGUGUCCACUCAGCGAGCAGGGCAAGCAGCUGGCCAUAGAGGUGUCCAACAUCCUGGGCAUGGAUGUGUGUGGCAUUGACCUCCUGCAGCUCAACGAUGGCUCGUUUGUGGUUUGCGAGGCCAACGCCAACGUGGGCUUCAUAGCUUUUGACCAGGCCUGCGGCAUGGAUGUGGCGGGCAUCGUCGCCGACUUUGCCCUGUCGAUGCUCCCCAGCCGCCUCACCCGCAAGAUGUCCUUGCUGUCUGUCGUGUCGAGCACCAGUGAGACCAGCAGCGAGCCCGAGGUGUGCACUGUGCCCACCGGCGGCGGCUCGAUGCCCGAGGCCGUCUGCAACAUGAGCGUGGGCUCUACUUCCAGUGAGAGUGACCCGGAGCUGGCUGAGCCCUCGCAAUCCUCGCCCCGCCAGUCCACAGCCCCCACCUUGGCCGAUCUCCCGGGCCUCCCUGAUCCGGCAUACAACUUCAACACCCUCCUCGCCAAUGAGAUCAAGUUAUUGACUGAGUGAGAUUCAAGCGGCUUCGCGUACACACAAACACCACAAAUACACAUCGAAAACACGCAUACACACACUGUAUGCAUGGCAACCGACAUUCCUUAACACAUAUCAGUCCAAAAAAUGAUGAAAACAUAGGAUGUUAAAUGCAAAACUAGAACAAACAGAACACAGUCAGACACAAGAACAGAAACACAGACGAACCAAAAAAUGAGCCCUCUCCUGCUAACUCCCUGAAACAAAAGCAAAGAUCUGAGGCUGCUCCCCUGACUCUCCUGUCUUUGCACCUCUUAUCCCCAACUAAAAAAAACCCUAAUGCAAACUCAGCUUUAACUGCAGCACGGUGGAGAAAAAACAGCUAAAUGCCUCUUCUGGUUUCUGUUUUGAAGAAGUUUUUGGGUGGGUAUGGGAUUCCUAUACAGGCGAACACACGCCAUCUUUUUUUAUCCUCACAAUACAGUAACAUUAUUCAAAGGAGAUGAAGCUUAUGUUGAUAUGAAAAAGGGUUUUGUGCUGAGACUGGAGACAGGUUUGGUGGCUUGCAGGCAAAAGUUAAGUGUUUCUUGUUUUUUUCAAGUGGUUAGCUCCUUGGUAGAGGAAUGCAUCCUUGUUCUCGGCACAGUUUACAGUCAGUUCCAAUGUAGCAAUGUAGUGUUCCUGUCCAAUACACGUAACGGGAUGGGGACCAUCCCGUAGCAGCGGAAGGAAAAUUCAUGUCAAAGUUACUGCUAUUCAUAAUUCAUAAUAAUUGAAACAUGAUAAAUGUAAUUUGUUGUACAUCCAGCUAAAACAGAAUGUAUUACUCAAUGUUGUUGUUUUUUAACCAGGUUAAGAUUCGGAUUCAGAUCAAUUUAUUUUCAUGUGUAUUCGAAAUACAGUGAAAUAUUUGUCCUCAACUACCUGCAUUAACAUGAUAACAUGAAUAAAUCUAUAGCUAAAAUCUUUUGAAUGCCAAUUUAUCAUUACUGGUUUUAAAGUGUAGGUGGAUUUGACAAAUGAAUAAGAGGCUGAUGACCCAGUGUCUGAAUUGUUUACUUAAAUAAGAAUAUUAUUCACCCAGAUUACAAACCAAUAGAAGAAUCUUCCUGGGUACUAACGCAGUGUCCAUACAUUAGCUAUGUUUUAUGUGAAUAAAGUAAUGACGUAAGCAAAACUGCCCUAACCUGUGCAAGGUCGUAGAUAUCAAAUAGCAGUUCUGUUUUAGAGUCACAACCUGGAAUAUUGGAAAGGAUCAAAUGCCAUGACUCAAUUUUUUAUUUUACAUUCCUGGAUAGCUUGUUCGAUUAGCCGCCUUUACCAGCAGCAGCAAUCUGCUGCUUUUUUAAAAAUCCAUUCAAUGUCUUGCACUUUAUAAUAAUCAGGUGCAUUUUUGUUUUGUUCUCACUCAGAUGACAAAUUAAGGAAACAUGAAACCUGAGAGUGUGAGUCUGACCUGAGUCUACACCUGCAAUAUACCUCAAAAACAGUGACUUCUCACUGCCAUAGAAAGACUGAUAUUCAAAACAUACAGCACAUAUCAGCCAGGAUCCUCGUGGUUUUCAAACGGCCCCUGAUUCACCAACUGUUCUCUAUCUUCACCUCUAAGAACUAAAAAGGUAGUUGUGUAUUAUGUUUUUUUCUUCCUUUAUAGCUUUUUGUAAAUACUUAGGUAGGGGAUUAACUUCAGUGCAUGCUAGUAUCCAGCUGAUGAAACUGGAUUGGCUAAGAUAUAACUGCCAACAUAGAAACUUUCAUUAGCUACUGUGGACAAACGCAUCUGUACACACCUGGAACAUUGAGAGGAUGAAAUUGAAAUUUGGUGCUAAGGUUUUUCCUGAUUUGGUUAGAUGUAAUUUCUCAAGUCAUGAUUUGUAGAUUUUGCUUUUAUUGUUUUCACCUUGUUUUGUCUUUUUUGUUUGUUUUUCUUUUUAACAAAAAAAAUAUUGAUAAAUCAUUAACCAUAAAAUAUGUUGGCUUGACAUAUUUUUUGGCAUGGUACAAAUAAAAAAUGGAAUCUAUAUUUUUGCAGUUUCUUUGAAUAGAAGGUUGCUUUCUGUUUCCUUAGGGAAAACAAAACAAAAUACUUAAACACAGGGAUGUCAGUGGCAAAAAGUUUACUGCUUAUGCUUUUCUGUUCAUCAACACCUGAGGCUGGAUACUCCGGGGUAACUGCCAUUCGUUUAAGAAUAAUUCACAGAUCUGGCCAAAAGCAGAAAUGUAAACCAAGUGUAAACUCUGUGCCACAGCUACGUUUUUAGGCUUGUAACCCUUUUCUGUUUAACACAACUCAGGGAAGCAGCCUGGAUCUCACCCCUGACCCCCAUAGGCAUGACGUAUCCAUCCAAGCUCGACACAUAUCAAAAACAUAAAACACAUACCUACAGGCAGACAAAAGGACACACACACAAACACACAAAACAAUGGAAAAAACAAAGGUUGUAAACUUCAGUAUGAGACAAUGUGGUGUACACCAUGGUUAACAUGCACUUUUCCCCCCAGCUUGUUUUAUAUUGUUCCUUGUUUUCUUCCUAAUUUAUGGUAUUUUUAAAGAAAAGUGGUCUGUGUGAACUAAUAUUGUCUCAAUAAAGUGAAACCGCUGUGAAGCUUGAUUUUGAUUUUUCCCGGGGGUUAUUUGUGGCCCAGUUUACUAACUGUCUGGAAUCGAAAAAGGGUCCUGCUUUGAGGGUCUUAAAUAUAAAACCCACCAGACGACAGGGACAGCAGCUUUUCAUUAAGUUUGCUGUGGAGCGAUCACAAUGGCUCCACUGAGACAAGAACAUCAUUUUAACACCACUGUGAUGUCGUCCAGUAUCUAUAUAAUCAAAGUAUCUGACAAACAAACUGUGAAACUGUCAACUCUCUGCAAUGGCCGGUGAUCUUGAUCAUCAAGUCGCAUUCCAACAUCCAAGCUUACAUGGGUAUCUACAGUUUUUGUUGUCCCCCUUCUUUUGUUUUCUUUUGUUUAUUUUCUUUGAAGUCCCCGUGUUUGUAUUGAACCCCGCGCCAUUCAUUCCACAUUGUGUACAUACGUAUGGAUCAAAGGUCUCAUAUCAUUUUAAGACAUUCAAAAAGCCAGCCAUAAGAACAAACGGAAUGCCCAUUUCUCUCUCACUGCCGCUGUGGGUCAAACACUUGUUUUAUACAUCAUCCAUAUGACAGCACACAUCUUUCCAUCGGAGGUUCAUUCAACUGUGCCCUAACAACUUUCUUAAUGCCUUUUCAUUGUUCCCUUCGGAGAGCAUUGAGUUGAGGAUCGUAGUUGGGUCAGGGUCCCGGUUCAGGCGGGUUUUUCCUCUCUGCUUGGUCUUCAUACAUCGCGAUGAAGUGGAUACAAGGUCUGGAAGCUAUUGGAAAGAAACGGGGGUACCACAUGGCCAUGACAUGGGGAAAGAAGAAAUGUGUGUAACUCAUAAACUUACUGAAAGUGUAUUGGCCUGUGUGGUGCUCGGCAAGCCUGGAAUUAAUCUGUAGGGACAUCUGGACUGGUCACUGUGUACGACGACACAACAGAGCACAAGGUUGCUAUUUAAUUCCACACUGCUGCUAAUGUAUAUUUGGCUCGAAAAUGAAGGAGAAGAAAAAAGGGAAUAUGAGGAGAUCCAAGUGUUUCUGUGUUUUGCUGCCUCACAACACAUGAAAAUGAAUCUGAAUGCCAAAAAUAAGAAUUCUGUUGUAUAAUUCAGUACUAAUAAGACUAGUGGUGGUGAGAUGAUUUUAAACAGCGAUUCUUUGUUUUGAUAUAAAGGAUACGUGUUUCAGAAUUGUAUAUAUUAUGUUGGAUUUCACUGCAAUCAUCAGGUACAUUUUAUGCCAAUGUGUUUUACAACCUGAGGUUUGCUUGAAGGUUUACAAUAUUCUUUUAUUUGCAGGAGGAAAAAUCCAAUGUUUAUGCUUCAGCGGAACAAUGCGGCUCUCUGUUGAUGACCUGUAGAUAUGCGACAUCUUGAAUCUGCCUAUUGGUGAACUGAUGAAGAGGUUCUGGACUGCUAUUAGCGGAAAAAAAAAAACGAAAACAACAAACAUUGCGUCAAAAAGGUCUCAGCAAAUGCCAGCAGCAUUAUUCUCUGUGUCAUUCUGACAGUGUUACACAAUGGAUCCCAAAUCAUGUCAUUAACAGAUGUGCGAAAUGCUGUACAUUUAUAUCCCUCUCUUUUUUUUGGAUUAAAAUAAAGAUGAGUCAUUAUUGAAAAACCA